UAAUGAGAACACAGGAGAGCUGGAAAAGACGUGUGAAUCGAAAAGAAAAGAAGUUCAAGUGAAGUUAAGAGCUGUUAAAGUGUUUUGAAUAUUUGUUGUUCCUUCACGUACAUCCCUCCCUCAUUAUAUAUGCGGCCAGCGAGGUAUGUUUGUUUGUAUUAUUUAUAUUUCUGUGAAAUGUCUAUACAAUUUAUAUGUGUAUUUAUUUGUUCUGUCAGUUUGACGGUGGAGUUGGCGAAGUUGGUGGAGUUGGCGAAGUUGGUGGAGUUGGCGAAGUUGGUGGAGUUGUUGAAGUUGUGGAUAAAGAGCCAAUAAAUUCAUCUGUAUGAAGAACCGUGGUCCCGUGUUUCAUGAGGGAGCGAAAGUCAAACUCGAGCCUGCUCAUCAGCGUGACGUCACCAGACCGUCCCGCCAGUUCAUCUAGACGGGAACUGCAGAUAAGCUACAACAAACGCUUUUGCACCUGUGUUAGUUCGAGAAGAUGUUCACAAGACGGAUAAACAAGUGUUUGUUUUGAAGUGUGACAAAGACUGACAUUUGACAUUUGAUAAGUUGAUAUAUAUAAGUUUCCUUUUAAUUUUGUUAUUGAAGUUUCUGGGUUUAUGUUUGAUUUAGAUAUGUAAGAAAAUUCUGUUAUAUUGAAGUUAGAAUAGGGAUAACUACCAUUUAUAAAUCAAAAUGUUGCAACCUGAUGAAAGGACUGAAAGCAAUACAGAACAUGCUGCAGAGCCAGAACCAGCAGACGUGGCUACAGAGCAACAUGAAGAACCUCGUCGAAGUGAAAGAGCCCGUACAUUAACAGAAAGGGGAAAAGUCUUUCAAAGAGAAAGGUUAGAGGGACUCAUGCUACGUUUUGACACCAUCUACGAACGAUGGAAAGCCUUAACUAAGUUGGCUAAAAAAUCUGUAAUGAGACAGGAUCCUAAUGACAUUCUGCAGGAACACAUUAGUUCUGUAGAAAAGGAACUGUUAACACUAAACAGUGUGUAUGAUGAGUACAGAUGUACAGAUAGUCCACCUCAUGACAUGCGCCAUAAGUUGGAUAAGGCUGUGUCAGUAACCAAGAUUGUAAUCAAAAAUGCACAGUCACAGACACGAGGGGAAAGGGAGGAGAUUGUUUGGCCUGAUGCUAGUUCAGUGUUCGCAUCUUCAAGUUCUAGUGUUUCACUUUCGGUCUCUGACCACUCUAAAAGGACUUUGAGUCACUCUGUAGCAUCCGCACUCAGUAGACAAGAAGCAGCAGCAGAGUAUGCAGCCACACGGGCUGUGUUGCAGAUUAUGGCUGAGCAAGAGUGUCGUAGAGAAGAGUUGGAGAAACUUGAGGCUGAGAAUAAGUUAAUAACAGCAGAUCAAGAAACUGCUGCUUACACUCGUCGCCUUGAGAGAGAAAGAGAAGAGACUGAACGUAAAAUUAUGAAGAAAAAAAAAGAAAAAGAAAAAAUACAACCUAGCGCUGCAGCUAAAUUUAGAAUAGAUCUUAUUUUUAAGAAAAAGGAAAUUAUAAGAUGCAUUCUCAGAAAGAGGAACUUUUCUGUAAAGGCAGUAGGAAAUAUUUCUCUCUCUUAUGUGCUUCAGUUUUUCUUGUUUCUUCAAAUUGGUCACACAGCAGAUUAAUCUCAGCCAUGCUCAACAAACUACAAAAAAAGUUCCUUCAUCUGAUAUUCAUCUUUUGUGCCUGGAACUCAUUUGCCUCAGGUCAGAUCAGACUGGUUGGAUCUGGAUCAACUCGCUGCUCUGGAAGAGUUGAAGUCCAACAUAAUGGAGUCUGGGGAACAGUCUGUGAGGAUGACUGGGAUCUAAAUGAUGCAAAUGUGGUCUGCAGACAGUUGUCCUGUGGGACAGCUGUUCAUGCUCCUGGAUCAGCUCAUUUUGGUCAAGGAUCAGGCCCAAUCUGGCUGGAUAAUGUAGCGUGUUCAGGCAUUGAAAGCUCAUUAACCCAGUGCGGUCACAAUGGUUAUGGAAAACAUAACUGUGGUCACGGUGAGGAUGCUAGUGUCAUCUGUUCAGAUCAGAUCAGGCUGGUUGGGUCUGGAUCGGCUCGCUGCUCUGGAAGAGUUGAAGUCCAACAUAAUGGAUCCUGGGGAACAGUCUGUGAUAAUGACUGGGAUCUAAAUGAUGCAAAUGUGGUCUGUAGACAGUUGUCCUGUGGACGAGCUCUUCAAGCUCCUGGAUCAGCUCAUUUUGGUCAAGGAUCAGACAAAAUCUGGCUGGAUGAUGUAGCGUGUUCAGGCAAUGAAAGCUCAUUAACUCAGUGUGGUCACAAUGGUUAUGGAAAACAUAACUGUAAUCACGGUGAAGAUGCUGGUGUCAUCUGUUCAGAUCAGAUCAGGCUGGUUGGGUCUGGAUCGACUCGCUGCUCUGGAAGAGUUGAAGUCCAACACAAAGGAUCUUGGGGAACAGUCUGUGGUGAUGAAUGGGAUUUAAAGGAUGCAAAUGUAGUCUGUAGACAGUUGUCCUGUGGGACAGCUCUUCAAGCUCCUGGAUCAGCUCAUUUUGGUCAAGGAUCAGACAAAAUCUGGCUGGAUAAUGUAGCAUGUUCAGGCAAUGAAAGCUCAUUAACUCAGUGUGGUCACAAUGGUUAUGGAAAACAUAACUGUAAUCACGGUGAAGAUGCUGGUGUCAUCUGUUCAGCGGAACUGCAGAUGCCUUAUAUCUCACUCACGUCUCCUGGAGUGGGGUUGGUCUGGGGUCCUGGAGAAGCGGAGGUUACCAGGGGUCACAGCUUUAACUUAACUUGCUUCAUCCCUGAUGACGUUCCUCAGGGUCAUUUCCUCCUCAUGUUUCAUGGCUCCAACAAGACAAACAGACUCCCAGCCGCCAACAACUUAGCCUCCUUUACCUUUCCUGAGGCAGAGUUUGAACACCAAGGUAACUACAGCUGUGUGUAUCAGGUCAUCCUGCCUACAACCACGUUCACCUCUGCUGCAUCAGCACCCAUCACUGUUGUUGUUGAACAGUCCCUGUUGUUGAUCUUGUUGAUAUCUGGUGGAAUCUUUCUUCUGCUGCUGUUCAUCUUGAUCCUGAUCUGUCUGGUUCGAAGGAGAAGAAAACUCAAGAAUUCAGCGGUUCUUUACCAGACUCAAAGGGCUCUUCAAGAAUGCACUAGAGACAGUGAGGAAGAUUAUGAAAAUCCUGAUGGAGAACACAUUCCAUCAAGACUCACAAAGGAAUCAGAAGAUGAAAACAGUUAUGAUUAUGUGAAUGCAAUAUAUGAUGAGAAGAUUGAUUAUCCAGAAGCUGAUUCACGAUCCAGAAGAAAGUGUUUGAAUACGGAGAAUAACAGGCAGGAUGUGGAAACGGAUGAAGAGGAUGAAGGAACCAGUGAUGAUGAUAAUGACUAUGAGAAUGUAACUGCACAUUUCCAUCAGCCAGUCGAUGAUACUUAUGUAGAUCCAGUCUUUGACAAGAGUAUUGAUUAUCCAGAACUUGGUUUACAAUCCCAAAGAAAGUGUGUGAGUGCUGAGAGUAAAAGUCUAGUGGAGGAAAUGGAUGAAGACACCAAUGAUAAUGAUAAUGACUAUGAGAAUGUAAUUGCACAAGUCCAUUAACCUGUUGAUGAUAUUUAUGUAGAUCCAAUCUUAGAUGAGACUAUUGAUUAUCCAGAACUUGAUUUACAAUUCCAAGAUGAGGAAAUGGAUGAAGAUACCAGUGAUGAGGAUAAUGAAUACAGACGUCUUUCGAAAUUCCAAAUGCAAUCUGGCAGAUUAUCAGGAUCAGGUGAGAUACAGGUCACCAAUGACUACCAGACGGAUGUCUCAUGUCUUUCAAGUGCUUUUGUCAAGUUUUUCUUUUGCUUGAUGCUUUGUAGUUUUGCAGUCUUUUAAGGUUUAAUGCUGUACAGAAAUGUAAGAUGACAAAGGUAUGACCUAUUCAGCCAUUAUGUAAGUCAAAAUACCACACUUAUUUUGUGGCCGUAUUUGGUUUUGUUUGUUUCUUUUUGUUCUGUUUUGUACAUUUUAUUUCUAUCAGAGUGGGACUUUGUUGUUUUUGUGCAUCUUUGUAUGUUUGUGUGAUUAUUUUCAUGUGUUGUGCUGGAAAGAGUGUGGCUUCCAUUCGGACCCCAGCUGAUCGAGGCGGCCUUUAAAAGCACCAUGUAGACCUCCAACCUGCGAGAAAGGAGAUUUGCUGCAACCUGUCUCUGCUGCAGCUUGGCACUCUUCUCCAUUUGUUUUGUAGUUCUCCACCUGUUUUAGUUUGUGUUGCACUUUGUAAUGUUGUGGUUUUGUAACCAGAACCACUCUGUGUUGUCUUUUGUUUAGUGUAGAUUUGGUUAAGUGAAGCUGCAAGGGUGAACUGCCAUUUUAUUUAUUACUCGUUUUCUCCUGUUUUUGUUAGCCUAG